GCUGACGUCAAAGCGAACCCCACCCCGCACGGCGAGCUGCUUGGCAACAUGAGUAAGAGAACAGGAAGGUCUGCAGCAGCAAAGUGAGCAACCUGCAGACUCUGGACUUAAAACUACCAGAAACAACGAUCCGACGUACAAUGGAGGAUGCAGAAAAAGGUUCCCAGCAGCAUCCAGACUCAGUCCCAGAGGUGGGAGAGGAUGCCGUGACGUCCGUUGGUUCCGCAUCCCCUCCACCCGCCAUGACAGAGGAGGAGCGGCAGGAGCUGCAGGAAGAGUUGGUCAAGGUAGAGGAUGAGAUCCAGACUCUGUCCCAGGUGCUUGCAGCCAAAGAGAGGCAGUUGGCUGACAUUAAGAGGAAGCUGGGCAUCACACCUCUCAAUGAGCUGAAACAGAACAUCACCAAAACCUGGCAGGAGGUCACCACCUCCACUGCCUAUAGGAGGACAUCUGAAACGCUCUCUCAGGCGGGUCUGAAGGCCACGGCAGCUUUCUCUAACGUGGGCUCAGCCAUCAGCCGGAAGCUCGAGGACGUCAGGAAUGCACCAACUUUCAAGUCAUUUGAGGAGAAAGUGGAGACUUUGAAGACCAAGAUGACUCCAUCAGUGUCCAGCAGUAACCCUGACGACCAGGACAGCACCGGCUCAGCCACCGAGACUUUGCCCAACCAGCCAGAGGACUCGCCCACCCAGGAGGCGCCAAUGCACUGAGACCUGCCCUGACCCCUCCUGACCCCCACGCCCCUCCUCACUUGACCCCCUAACCCCUGGACCGUCAAACACUCACCCCCUUAAACUCCUUGUGCCAGUCUCCUUUUAUUGGAAACAAAUGACUUACCCCAGCCUUCUUUGUGAUCUAAUUGUCUGGUCUUUUUGUCUGACAUGUGCGCUUGCUAGUUAACUGGUGUGGAAACUGAAAGCAUGGGAUAGGUGCAGGCAUGUGGUCUCGUGCCGGUUGUGUAUUUUCUGAGUCCGCUCUGGCUUGCUGUGGGAGAAAUCCUCCAUGCUGUGUGCUCCCCCCCCCACCCCUUGCACUCCUUAUUUUACGCCCUUUGUCUAACCAGGAAAGCUCAGAUGCCAAAUGUGCUCCUAUUUUUUUUCUUUAUCAAAGUAACACUUUUUUCACAUUUUAUGUUUGUUUGAGUCUAGAAAACUGCACAAAUAUAGAAGAAUUUACACUUACAAAUUUGAUUGGAGAAGAAUUUACACUUAAAAACCUUUUCUCUCUGUGUGUGAACAGGCAGUUGGUGGCUUAUUGCUUCUGCAUGGCCCUUUAAUAUAUGUUGGAUGUAUUAUUAUAAGCAUUUGUUUUGUGUGCCACCAUUUUGGGGGCUAACCUGAUUUCCGUUUUCUUCACUGUAUUAAUUUUAGAACACCACACAAUCAUUAAGUAGUCUAACACUGUGUUCAAAAUAUGAAUGUAUGCCUUUAUGUGUCAAAUAGGUACAACAGUUUCCAUAAAACUACUCAACUACCCACAGACUCCAAACCUGGCAUUUCAAAACACAUUUCAGAAGUUUCCUUUGUUAAAGCCCUGACAGAAAGCAAUCUCCACGCUCAGAUAGUUAACAGGAAAACAGCCAAGAUCAGCAGAACUGAGGCAGAGCAAACACACAGUCAAGGUUCAGCCUUGACCUGAGGUGAGAGCAGAAUAAAUGUGUCUCUUCCAGAGCCAGAAUCAAUGUUUAAACACUUGUCCAUUGUUCCUGUGAGGGAGGCAACACCUAGCCUCCCCCAAAGCGAGAGGAUACUUCACUGGAUGUUUGUACACUGAUACAGGAUGAUAAUAUAGUAGAGCAGGGUACGCCAAAUUUUACAACACUCCCCCCCCCACCUCCUUAUAUUGUUAAGAAGUUUCUGGGAAGUUGCAUAAAAUGAUCAAAGACUGCAGGAUUAUUCACAGUAUUUGCUGAAAAAGCUGCUUUCACACAGACCAAACACAUUUUCUACAUGUUAAAUGUUUGAACAAGGUCAAAUCAAUGUUACAUCUUCAAUCACAAUUUUCUUGAGUGGGCUUUACAAUCUCAUGCUGCUUGAUAUGAUUAAACUAUUAAACUACUGAACAGUUCCCCUCAGCAGACUUUUCUAGUUGACUAAUAUGCACAGAGCUACUGAUGGAGGUUAAACAACACUUGAAGGGCAAACAGAGCCAAUCUGAGCACGGCCGAGGAGGAACACCCCCCCCCCCUUCUGCUGGGGCACAGUAAGCCUGGUGCAAGUCUUCCCCUGCUGGCAGACGACCAGCUAAACAUGAAUGUGAACCAGCUCUCCCAUCGGCGGUCUUAACCAUUACUGAUGCAAUUUGCCACACGCUGACAGUGGAUCAGUGUCCUGGGAGAACACCAGUGAGAAAACAAAUCAAGAGGGGGUGUGGAGUGUGGGGUGGGGGGUUUCUUACCAACCGUGACACAACAGCAUUUGCUAUUCUGAGUCAACCCUGACAGCAGCGGGGUUUUAACAGUAACACAGUAUCUCAUGUCCUCAUGUAACAUCACUUUCCAGCUAUGAUCACAUUAAAAAUUCAUUAGUCUUUUAUCACAGGCAUGAGGAUUUCAUUUGUAAUUAGUCAUACAUACAACACACACACGUAUGAUUCGUUUGGUUCUUAAUUGGAAUGGUGGAUUAAAGAAAAUUACUCUAAUUAAAAAUACCUCUGAAGUAA